ACCACCGACUUGCGGUUGCGCUUCCAUUGUCAAACGACUCACCCAAAUACUCCUUCCCUUCCCUUCCCCUUAUUAUUUCCCCUUUCCCUCUCACCUGCUCACCUCUCUCUCUCUCUCUCUCUCUCUCUCUCUAAAAGCUAAUCUAGAUCAGUAAAUCGUGCCCCCCUCUCUCUCUCUAGAGAACCUAAAAAAAACAGAGGACCCCCACCUCUCUCUGCAUCCGAUCCUCCUCCUCUUGAAAUGGCGGACAGAGUGUACCCUGCAGCCAAACCAGGUGGCGGACCGCCCAAUUUCACAACCAAAGCGCAAUUGUAUGGCGCCACGCGCGCCGCCUACCGCCCCACGGCCCCCUCUCACCGCUACCGCCGCAGCCGCUGCUGCUCCUGCUGCCUGUGGUUGUCUCUCGUCAUUCUCAUCCUCCUAAUUCUGGUCGCAGCGGCGGCUGCCGUCUUCUACUUCCUCUACCGCCCCCACGCCCCCGCUUUCUCUGUCUCCUCUGUUUCUCUCUCUACCUUCAACCUCACCAAAGGCUCCCACCUUAACUCCGAAAUCUCUCUCCAGAUCAAUGCCCGAAACCCCAACAAGAAGCUCGUCUAUGUCUACGACCCCUUCGAGCUCUCUCUCUCUACAGGUGAUGUGCCUCUCGGGCAAGACUCGUUCCCUGGGUUUGUCCAUGGCACCCAGAACUCCACCCUGAUGAAAUUCGAUGUGAAAAACAGCAACGCCGCGGUCGAUUCAGCUCAGUUGGGAGCUUUGCAGAGUGCGCAGAAUAAGAAGAGUUUGGAGCUCAGUUUGAGGUUGGAUACAAAGGUGAGAGCUAAGGUUGGGAGUGCGAAGAGUGGGAAAAUUAGGGUUAGGGUUUCUUGCGACGGGAUCAAUGCGGCCAUUGGUGGUAAGGGAAAGGACUCUUCUCCUUUUGGGGCAAAGUGUGAUGUGAAGCUUAGGAUUAAGAUCUUCAAAUGGGUGUUGUAGCCCUGAUCUCGACUCGAUCCGGAAAAACCGAAUACAUGACUCAUAGGUGAGAUUUGCAAUAUGAAAUCUGCACUAUGGAAAGCUCAAAAUCUCUCUCU